CCCUUGUUGGCGGGCUUUUGAGAGUUUAUUUUGUUAACGUGUUACAGCUGUCACGGCAUCUGCACCUCUGCAUUUCAACUCAUUUCAUCAUAAAUUAGCAUCAUGGGUAUUUUGGGAUUAGCGAAGCUUAUAGCUGAUGUUGCACCAUCAGCUGUUAAAGAAAAUGAGAUUAAAAACUACUUCGGUCGUAAAGUGGCAGUGGAUGCAUCGAUGAGUUUGUACCAGUUUCUUGUUGCUGUUCGACAGGAAGGUAACAUGCUCACAAAUGCUGAUGGAGAAGUUACAAGUCACUUGAUGGGUUUCUUCUAUCGAACCAUUCGUAUGGUAGAUAAUGGAAUUAAGCCCAUGUAUGUUUUUGAUGGUAAGCCUCCAACUAUGAAGGGUGGAGAACUAGCAAAGCGACAGGAGCGAAGGGAAGAGGCACAGAAGGCUUUGGAAAAAGCUGAAGAAGCAGGUAAUGUAGAAGAUAUAGAUAAAUUUAGUCGACGAUUGGUGAAGGUCACAAAAACUCAUUCUGAAGAAGCAAAAACUUUAUUAAGGCUGAUGGGGAUCCCCUACAUAGAGGCUCCUUGUGAAGCUGAGGCCCAGUGUGCUGCACUAGCCAAGGCUGGCAAGGUGUAUGCUGUAGCAACAGAGGACAUGGAUGCCUUGACCUUUCAAACCCCAGUCUUGUUAAGACACAUGACCUUCAGCGAGGCCAGGAAAAUGCCUAUUAAAGAGUUCCAUUUGUCGAAAGUUUUGGAAGAGCUGAAUAUUAAUCAUGAGGAGUUUAUCGACUUGUGCAUCUUGUUGGGCUGUGAUUACUGUGAUAGCAUCAGGGGCAUUGGACCUAAGCGAGCCAUUGAGCUAAUCAGUAAACACAGGAAUAUUGAAGAAAUAUUAAAGCACCUGGAUAAGAAAAAGUACAGUGUACCAGAAGAUUGGGCAUAUACAGAAGCCAGGAGAUUAUUUAUGGAACCAGAAGUAGCAGACCCUGCAGAUAUUGACCUCAAGUGGACAGACCCAGAUGAAGAAGGUUUAGUUAAAUACAUGUGUGAGGAGAAGGGCUUCAAUGAAGACAGAAUUCGUAGUGGCUCUAAGAAACUUGUUAAAGCUCGAAGUGGCAGUACCCAGGGUCGCUUGGAUACCUUCUUCAAGGUUUUACCCCAGCCAUCAAGUGGAGUUAAUAAGCGUAAGUCUAAUGAAAAGCCUGAAUCUGCAAAGAAGUCAAAAUCAGGACGUGGUAGUUCCAAGAGGGGUCGAUAAACUUGUAAGAUUUAGGUGCUUUUCAAUACAGGUUACUUGAGAGGCAUAUUUAGAAAUAUGAAUAACUUAGUUACCAACCACUUUUGCUGAGACUAACACUUCAAUGGAUAAUAUAUAGAAUGAUAGUUUUGGAUUUUAAGUUUUUCUUUUUUAUUAAUUUAUUUUUUUCAAAAUGUCAGUCAUAAAAAGAAGAAAGAUUUGAAUUGAACAACACUUGAAUUAACAUGGUAUUCAUUUUUUAUAUUUUGCAGAAAAACUAAGCAACUUAACCCUAUUUUAAAAUUUAUACAAUUCUGUACUAUAUAAAGUAACUAUCUUACCUAGUCCAUUCAAGAAAAAUUUGGUAGGUUGAUCAUAUGGUGGUAAUGGAUGAUGAAUUUUAAUUAAUCUUUAGUUUCAUAAAUUGCGUAAAUGUGCUGAAUUUUUCCCUUCAUAAAAUGCAUAAUUAAAAAAAAUAUAUUAGCCAUGUGUAAAUAUUAGACCUCUACAGAAUUGAGGAUUGGGCUGUUUAGUUGUUGGUUUCAUUCUGAAGUGUACAUAGCAUAUGAAGAUGUACAGUUUAGAAUAAAAACCAUCUAGACUACUGCUUAGAUCAGAAUAAGAUACAAAUUCAACAUUCCCCAAUAGCCCAGAUAGUAUGAGGAAAUUUUGAGAUAAAUUGGUCAGUAAACUUAAUGUAGCAGUGAAUGGACAACUUUUUUUUUUUUUUUAACAAGUCGGCUGUCUCCCGCCGAGGCAGGGUGACCCAAAAAGAAAGAAAAUCCGCCAAAAGAAAAUACUUUCAUCAUCAUUCAACACUUUCACCUCACUCACACAUAAUCACUGUUUUUGCAGAGGUGCUCAGAACACAACAGUUUAGAAGCAUAUACCUAUAAAGAUACACAACAUAUCCCUCCAAACUGCUUUAUACAUGUUUAUUGGCACUAAUGGCUAAAUUAUUUUAAGUUUGUCCUUACCCAUUGUGUAUGCAAUUCAAUCUUUUAUUAUUCAUUGAUAAAUUUGUUGACAGUAACUAGUUUACCUUUAUAGACUAUGAAACUCUUAUGCCCCAUUAAUUGGCAGUGGAUAGCAGACCAUUGAUAAUUUUAAGUUGUGUAGUUUUUAGAUAGAUUCCUAUUAAGUAAUUUCAGCUAAAUUAUUCACUUCAGUCAAAAAGUUGUAUCACUUGAUACCAUUCAGAAAUUAGUGAUAAUAAACCCAUCAUACUGACAACUAAA